AUGUUCCAGAAAAAAAUACACAAAGUAAAGAUAUUGAUCUGGUCUGACCUGUCCUUGAGUAACAUUGAACGCUUGAAUGAGAUUCAAGAUUAUGAUCGAAUCAGGCGCCUGCUGGCAGACAUCUUCAGCCUGGGAAAUUACAAACAAAACCUGAAAUCAAACAUUGUCUUAGAUCUGUUUUACUAUACACUGCAGUUUGCCAGGAAACAACACUUCUCUCCAGAGCAAACUUCUGCAUUCUUCUCCAUUAUCAAAAGGGUUUUAGAAGUUUGCCAGGAAACUCCCUUUGGCAACUUGGACUACACAUAUCAGCAUUUCAAAGACCUACUCUUCUGUCAUUGUGUUAAUCGGCCACCUAUGAGUGUAGAAAUCUUCACAAAGGAGCAAGCGAUCAGCAUCUGCACCUACACCCUGAACACAUUCUUCAGACAUUUCAAGUUGUACAAGUAUGUCUUCACACCAACAAUCCGGCUAGACCUCUCACUGAAAUACGUUGGAACAUCGCCAGUGUCACCAGCUGAAGCUGAAGUCAAAGAAACUGACGAUGAUGAUGAAGAGGAGGACACCACUGCUGAUGAAGAAAUUGAACAAGAAGAAGCUGAUUUUGAGAAGCUACAGGCACAAGAACAACUGAAACUAAUUGUCACUGAUUUCCUGUUGAGAGAAGCCAAGAAAAUUGAAGGCAGUGUAGACAACCACCUCAAAGCAGCAAUUGAUUCCCUGAAUGCCAAGAUAGAUCCAUUACUAGAAACAGCACCUGUGAAAAAUGUGAAGGGCAAGAAGAAAUAA